AUGGACGCGCUCCGUCCGUCGGCCGUGCUGCUCCUCAGCUGCGCGCUGCUGGCCGGCGCCUCGUACGUCCGCAGGCUGGAUGUGUUCUCCGCAGGACCACUGGCCGAGUCUACGGCGCCGUCUCGUCUCAGCUGCGCCGCCUGGUGCAACAGGACGUCCGGCUGUGUCGGCUUCACGUUCACCGACGGCGGACAAUGUCAGGUGUUCAACCAGGUCUACAACACUGCUGCUGAUACCAGUGCCAUGAUGUCGGUCGACUACUCCCGCCCAUCGAUGUCCCCCUGUCCAACCGGCUGGUUUGCGUUCCGGGACCGGUGCUUCUUUCGAGGGGUGCUCGAUACGGCACAGCUCUGGGACGCACACCGAGCAGCAUGUCAGAGUCUCGGGGAGCAGUCUGACCUGGCAGUGCCGAAUGACGUGCAGGAGAGCAGCUGGCUGUUGUACCACCCCUCUCGCUCCGCCGGCACCGAGUUCACUGGUGUAAAGCUUGAGGCCGGCGCUUUCACCGGCCCGAAUGGGGAAGCCGUCUCGUUUCAACUGCCGAUGUAUCCAACCCCUGAGGAUCCCGGGUACGUCAACGUAAGGGUUGGUCAUGCAAUCGACUACAACGCAUGGGGCUCUGCGACAUCAUCACGCUAUAUCUGCGAAACACCCUACAAAUGCCAACUGAUGAGCCCCUGUCCGGCCGGCUGGCUCUUCGUGGACGACUACUGCUACCACUACGUCUCCACGGCCAUGGCCUGGCAGGCCGCUGAUGACCACUGUGCAGGACUGCAGCCGGGAGCCCGCCUCUCGCCCGUCAUCAACAUGGAGACGUUCAAGGUAGUCUACUACAGUCUCGGCCUGGCCUCAUCUACCUGGGCUGGAAUAUCGGAUACCGAAGUGGAGGGAACGUGGAAGUCGGUGGACGGCUCCACCUCAUCUUUUGCAUGGCGAUCAACAUCGGAGCCGAAUGGUGGAACAGCUGAAAACUGUGUGGAAAUGGUUUUAGGCGGAGGAAACGAUUAUGUAUGCUCAGUCGCGCGGCCUUUCGUAUGCCGUGUGCCGGCUGGUGCUUGCGGGUAGGCCGAUGCUUUAAAGCCAUCGACGGAACUGGUCCUUACCAAUAGGACGGCCCCACUGCCAGCGCUGAGAAGCUUUAGCUGUCCCUGACAGGGCUUCGGAGUCGGAGUCGAAAUCGGAGUUGAGUCGGUCGGAGUCGGCA